AUGGGGCCGACCGGCUGCACAGGAGCGCUUCCUCUCGGCACUCCUAGGCCGAAGGGGCGAGCGCUUUCCGUAAGCUACUUUCAUAGUUUCAUGGGCAAGGUCGUACGUCGAAAUGGACAGGACGCUAUCGCCGCCAGACUGGCGUACCACGGAACCUUCGGGACCCAGGGAGGCCUAGGAGGCGGGAUGGCCUACCUCAAGAGCCCUCCGUACCCCAUGAACGGCCUCGGCCUCGGAAUGGGCCACCACUCGCCCAUGGAUCACGGGGUCCACCCUUCUGUCCCCUACCCUGCAGGUAACUCAUGGACAUCCUUCUCCACAGUGACGCCCGCCCCUGCCAGGAAGCAGCGGCGGGAGAGGACCACCUUCACAAGGGCUCAACUUGACGUCCUGGAGUCGCUCUUCGCCAAGACUCGCUAUCCCGACAUCUUCAUGCGGGAAGAAGUCGCUAUCAAGAUCAAUCUCCCGGAAAGUCGUGUGCAGGUGUGGUUCAAGAACCGCCGCGCCAAGUGCCGGCAGCAGGCGCAGCAGAACAGCCAGAACGGCUCGAGAGGCCGCUGCCCCGCGCCCCAAGAAGAUCAAGAGCCCCAGCACGCCCUCGCCGCCCCCGCCCGUCAUCAAGACCUCCCCGCGCCCCGCCUCGCCCGCUUACAAGCCUCCGUCAGUGUCCCCCGCCUCAGCACACACGCCGCCCAACACCACGCCCACGCCCACGCCCACACAUACCUACGGUUCCUUCCAGUCGGCUCCGGCAACGACAGACCACCAACAGCUACUCCUCGCUGUGGGCGCCCGCCGGCCUGCGGCUAUGGGCGACCUGCACGUGUCCACAGCCAACUGCAUGCAGACGCCCUCAUACCACAUGGCGAGCAGCAAGAGCCCGGGAUCCUCAUGGAACCAGAACUACGGCCCCGCUUCCUACUACGGCAACAUGAGCAUGGAAUACCUGCCCCACCACAUGGGCGCCCACGCACAGUUCACGCC